UGACUUAUAGUCAACGGAAGUGAAGAAGACUUUUUUGUUUACAAAGUAACGAUGACAUUGAUGACAUUCACACGCCACAUUUUCGUGAUAUCGAGGAAAGGUGUAGCUGCCUUACUAAAUUACUGGACCACGCUUUUAUGGUUUAAAAUUGUCGUUAAGUGACCGUGAAGGAUCAUUGCCAUUCAUGUCAUUCAUUGUUUAACUAGAAUGACUAGCACAAAAGACGUCGCCCACGAAGAUCGUAAGUAUGUAGUGGCUCAUGAAAGACAUGCAGGAUCUCCUUGCCUUAAAUGUGGACCAGAAAUUUGCAUUGGUGGUCUUGAUUUACAUUUCUGGAGGAAAAUAUGUAAGACCUGUAAAUGUGGCUUUGCGGAUCACGAUAUAAAGAGCGACGAAGACUCGACUCAUCAGGUGAUCUUGCGUGAAAUUCAUCAGUUAGUCACUGGUCCAAAUGGAUGUGGUAUAGUCCAAGAUAACAUAAAGAAGUUCCGAUUGGCGAGCUCCAGUAGUGAACCUGACGUUAGCCCGAAAGGAAGCUUUCUAUGGGUACCAUCUGGCAUCUCAAAAGAAUUGGCGAAAAAAUACAUCGCCUCCCUUCCUGCAGACAAGGCGCCAAUCAAGAAAUCAGACGGUGAGUUUUAUCGUCGUAAGCAAAUGAUGACGCAACUUCCCGCUCACGACAAUGACGAACGGUUUUGUGAUGAACUCACGGACGAGGAGAAACAACGCAUGAGAGACUUUCUAGACGAAAGAAAUUCAAAAGCUGUAGGAAUUGGAGAGGUUGGAGAAUUGGCUGAUACCAAGGAAGUUAGUAAACUUAAAUGCCAUAAAUGUGGAGAGGCUCUCGUGCCUGGAGAUAUUGCAGUGUUUGCAGCCCGAGCUGGUUCAGAUAUAUGUUGGCACCAUUGUUUCGUGUGUAAGACUUGCGACGAGCUCUUGGUUGAUCUUGUAUACUUCUUUAAAGACAACGAGUUGUAUUGUGGUCGUCAUUACGCGGAUUCCUUUCGACCGAGAUGUCGUGCUUGUGAUGAGCUCAUAUUCAGUAAAUCGUAUACGCAAGCAGAAGGCUACAACUGGCAUCUCAAACAUUUUUGUUGCUUCGAGUGUGACAAGAAACUAGGCGGAGAGCAAUAUGUCGUUCGAACACAUCCAUACUGUCUUGAUUGUUAUAACAUUCUAUUUGCAAAGAGAUGUGGCACGUGUGGCAACAUUAUAGCAGCAGAUGAUAAAAGGCUGAGUUACGAAGAUCAUUUCUGGCACGCUACUGACACCUGUUUUCACUGUAGCAACUGUUUGGUGUCCCUCGUCGGAAAACAAUUCCUUCCUAAGGGUAAAAACGCUUAUUGUUCGACGAAAUGUUACAAAGGCCACCAAUCACAAUACAUUCAGUCGCAGUCGUUAACUUAACUUUUUUUUUUUCUUUUGAGAUGGUUGUCAUAUAGUUUGUGCGGCGGUCAAAAUAUUUUGCUUUUUGUUGUAAGCUUGAUUAAACACUAAUUUGAACCUCAAAUAUUGUCAUGUAAAUAAAAGAGACAAAACAAUUAUUUAAUUAAUACAAUUAAACUACAUCUUUCAAACAUA